UCAAUCUUCAAUCAAUAAUCAAUCCUCUCUUUAAUUAUACGUGCAUGCACCAAAAUAUCUUAUAUAUAUAGAUUUUGAUCAUCAUUCAUCAUUCAUCUGCAGAAGCAAUUAAGCGAUAGAUGAUAUAUAAUUUAUAAAAUGAUGAAUAUGUUCAGAUUGGUUACAGGAAUUUCUGGCCCAAGUGGGUUUGGAUCAUCUUCAACUUCUGAACAAGUUACAGAAGGGAUUGAUGCCACUUCUCUCACCGCCAUUGUUACUGGAGGUUCAAGUGGGAUUGGGCUAGAGACAGCAAGAGUUUUGGCUUUAAGAAAUGCUCAUGUCAUAAUCGCAGCAAGAAACAUCGAAGCAGCAAAACAAGCCAAAGAGAGUAUCCUUAAAGACAACGAAUCUGCUCGUGUCGAUAUCCUAACACUCGACCUUUGUUCCAUCAAUUCCAUAAAAAACUUCGCUAAAGAAUUCAUUGCUCUAAACCUUCCCCUUAACAUCUUGAUAAACAAUGCUGGAAUCAUGUUCUGCCCAUUCGAGCUUACAGUAGAUGGAAUUGAGCUUCAAUUUGCAACAAACCAUUUGGGUCAUUUUCUAUUGACGAAUUUGCUCCUAGACAAAAUGAAGGAAACCGCUAAGAACAGUGGUAUUCAGGGAAGGAUUGUAAAUUUAUCAUCUGUUGCUCACAUUCAUACUUACUGGGGAGGGAUAUUGUUUGAUCAUAUUAAUGAUCCUAACAGGUAUUCUGAUAAGAAGGCAUAUGGUCAAUCAAAACUAGCCAACAUAUUGCAUGCCAAUGAGUUAUCUCGUCGUCUUCAGGAAGAAGGAGCCAACAUUACAGUCAAUUCACUACAUCCUGGCUUAAUCAUGACAAACCUAAUGCAGCAUACAUACUUUUUGAUGAGAUUUUUGAAGUUUUUCUCCUAUCACCUAUGGAAGACUGUGCCACAGGGGGCAGCCACAACCUGCUAUUUGGCGCUACACCCACAACUGGAGGGGGUGACAGGAAGGUAUUAUUCGGAUUGCAAUGAAAGCACAAGCAGUAGUUAUGGAACAGACGAAGUAUUAGCAAAGAAACUAUGGGAUUUCAGCAACCAGUUGGUUAAUUCAAAGGACAAAGCUUGAUAUAUAUGAUAUGGGAUGGAUGCCUAAUUUCUAUUUAUGUUUGGAUUCAGUCAAUUUCUUAAUUAAUAUGUGCUACAUUUGUUCUUUAUGAAGUGAAAUGAUCAAGUCAUCAACUGCUCA